UAUACGUCGUUAAUGGAGUGUAUCAAGCAGUCAGUUAAUGUCCAGACACAGUAUCAAGCGGUCAGUUUAUUUUUGCUGCAAUUUAAUUUUGUGAUAAGUCAACCGGUCGUUUCAUAUAAAUAAACUCAAUACUCAGAAUCUUAAAGUGUAAAAUAUUAAAAUGAUAUUUCCGUUGUUAGUUUUACUGGUUGUGGCAAUAAUUUACAUUUUUAUUAAAAAACAAUAUUCGUACUGGGAACGCAAUGGCAUACCCUCCCACAGACCAACUAUUCCUUUCGGAAAUCUCCAAUCACUAGUCAAAAAGAAAAGAUCUUUUGGACAUGCCAUUUACGAUCUUUACAGGAAUACGACCGAGCCAUUUAUUGGCAUCUAUCUGUUUUUUCGUCCAGCACUAUUGGUGCGUGACGCUGCACUCAUAAAGAAUGUACUGCUCACUGACUUCCAAAAUUUUCACGAUCGCGGAGUUUACUGUGAACCUGAAACGGACCCCAUGUCUGCAACGCUAUUCGCAUUGCCUGGACGUAGAUGGAAAAAUUUAAGAGCAAAGUUGACUCCUGCAUUUACAUCCGGCAAGUUGAAGGGAAUGUUUUCAACCAUUUCAAAUAUUGCCAGUGAAUUUGUUAAAGUAUGUGAACCGAUUGCCGAGAAUCACGAGGCAAUCGAAAUCCGUCAAAUAGCUGGACGAUAUGUUGCGGAUUGUAUUGCUACAAUUGCUUUCGGUUUAGAUAAUGUAUCGACUUUAAACGAUCCGGAUCACGAAUUUCUAUUGAAUGGGAAGGAGAUGUCCCAAAAAUCUGGAUUUGUUGGUACAAUACGUCGCUCAGCUGUUUUUCUUUGUCCGAAUCUGUUAAAAUUUAUAGGCAUGAAGGGGUUGCCAACAUUUAUUAAAGAGUUCUGUUUCAAUUUGGUCACAAAAACAAUAAAACAUCGUGAAUUGACGGGUGAGAUACGGAAAGAUAUCAUGCAGUAUCUGAUACAAUUGCGAAACAACUCCUCAAAUUUGAAAAAUGAAAACAGCAAUAUUAAUGAUGAUGACUCAUUAGAUGAAAAAGCGAUGUCAUUCGAGCAAAUAGCUGGUCAAGUAUUCAUUUUCUAUAUUGCUGGUAAUGAGACUUCCACAUCGACAAUCGCAUAUACACUUUAUGAGUUAUCACAAGACGUCGAUUUAAUGCGACGCGCACAGCAAGAUAUAGAGCAAACGCUCGACAAAUACAACGGCCAAUUAACAUACGAAGCAAUCAGCGAUAUGCAAUUCGUUGAUUUGUGUGUAAAGGAAACGUUGAGAAAAUAUCCAUUUCCGAUGUUAAACAGAGAGUGCACCAAAGAGUAUCAAAUUCCCGGUACACAAACGGUCAUCAAAAAAGGUACAGCGGUCGUUGUUUCGGUACUCGGAAUUCACAGGGACGAGCAAUAUUUUCCCGAACCGGAUCGAUACAAUCCAGAUAGGUUUGCAUCGGAAAAGCAUCCUUUUAACGAGGACAUGUACAUGCCAUUCGGAAUGGGACCAAGAAAUUGCAUAGCCUAUAGAAUGGGUUUAUUGGUGUCGAAGGUAGCCGUAGUGAUGAUACUUCGACACUAUAACAUAGAGAUGGUCAAGAGGGAAGAGCUUGAAUUCGAUUAUAGGGGCGUCGGAUUGGUUCCGAAGCCUGGUCAAUGCAAAAUAAAGUUAGUGAAGAAAGUCGUCGUAGAAAAUGUCAAAAUGUUAUUUACGUUGUUACUAUUACUGUUUGUGGCAUUUUAUAUUUUUCUCAAAAAACAAUACUCGUACUGGGAACGCAACGGCAUACCCUCAAUCAAACCAACUAUUCCUUUCGGAAAUCUUCAAUCACUAGUCAAAAAGAAAAGAUCUUUCGGGCAUGCCAUUUAUGAUCUUUACACGAGUACGAAUGAGCCAUUUAUUGGCAUCUAUCUGUUUUUUCGUCCAGCACUGUUGGUACGUGACGCUGUACUAAUAAAGGAUGUACUGCUCAAUGACUUCCAAAACUUUCACGAUCGCGGAGUCUAUUGUGAGCCCAAAACUGAUCCUAUGUCGGCAACGCUAUUCGCAUUGCCUGGACGUAGAUGGAAAAAUUUAAGAGCAAAAUUGACUCCUGCAUUUACAUCUGCCAAAUUGAAGGGAAUGUUUUCAACCAUUUCAAAUAUUGCCAGUGAAUUUGUUAAAGUGUGUGAACCGAUUGCCGAGAAUCGCGAGGAAAUUGAAAUCCAUCAAAUAGCUGGACGAUAUGUUGCGGAUUGUAUUGCUACAAUUGCUUUCGGCUUAGAUAAUGUAUCGACUUUAAACGACCCGAAUCACGAAUUUCUAUUGAACGGGAAGGAGAUUUCUCAAACAUCUGGAUUCGUGGAGAGAGUCCGUCGCUCAGCUACCUUUCUUUGUCCGAAUCUAUUGAAAUUUGUAGGUAUGAAGGAACUGCCAACAUUUUUACAAGACUUCUUUCUCAAUAUUGUCAAGCAAACAAUAAAAACCCGUGAAGCGACGGGUGAAAUUCGCCAGGAUAUAAUGCAGUAUCUUAUACAAUUGCGCAACAACUGCCCUUUGGAGAAUGAAGACUGGAAAUUUGACUCAUUAGAUGGAAAAGCGAUGUCAUUCGAGCAAAUAGCUGGUCAAGUAUUCAUUUUCUAUAUUGCUGGUAAUGAAACUUCCACAUCGGCAAUCGCAUACACACUUUAUGAGUUAUCACAAGACAUUGAUUUAGUGCGACGUGUACAGGAAGAUAUAGAGGAGACACUCGAAAAACACAACGGCCAAUUAACAUACGAAGCAAUCAGCGAUAUGCAAUUCGUUGAUUUGUGUGUAAAGGAAACGUUGAGAAAAUAUCCAUUUCCGAUGUUAAACAGAGAGUGCACCAAAGAAUAUCAAAUUCCCGGUACACAAACGGUCAUCAAAAAAGGUACACCGAUCGUUGUUUCGGUACUCGGAAUUCACAGGGACGAACGAUAUUUUCCCGAACCUGAUCGAUACGAUCCAGAUCGGUUUGCAUCGGAAAAGCAUCAUUUUAACGAGGACAUGUACAUGCCAUUCGGAUUGGGACCACGAAGUUGCAUAGCCUAUAGAAUGGGUUUAUUGGUGUCGAAGGUAGCCGUUGUAAUGAUACUGCGACACUAUAACAUAGAGAUGGUCAAGAGGGAAGAGCUCGAAUUCGAUUUUAAGGGCGUGGGACUGAUGCCAAAGCCUGGUCAAUGCAAAAUAAAGUUAGUGAAGAAAGUCGUCGUUGAAUUCGACCUACCACAGAAAUGAUCAAUGAUGGACUCCAUUAGAUUGUCAUUAAAAAUUGAAAAUACAUAAUAAUGCGCCUAAAUCACUCAAAAGAAGU